AGGUCUGGCCAAGAUGGGUGGUUUUCUGGCCUCUACUGCCCUCUGUGCAGUGUUUCUAUUGUGGUGAAGGGGAACUGAGACUUCCACAACGCCCUUUACUGUUUUAAUAGUCUAGUCACAACGGGUCAGCGUAUAAAUGUGAACAGGAAGUGAGUCCACUCCUACCUCUGAAGAAGUCCAAAGACAGAAAUGGGCAGCUUGCCUGUGGCUUUCCCCACCCCCUAGAAUGGACUUCCAGAGAAGUUUCUGUUACGAUUUUUCUUUGUUUUGUCAUUGUUAUACCAUUUACUGGAAUGAUUUUUAAUAGUCCCAAGGUAUUUUAAUAACCAGGAAAUUCCAAAGGUCAGAAAUGUUGCUCAGGGAUAGGUUGCUUGUCUAUCUCUGGGUUCUGUCCCCAGCUAUAGGUGAGACACCCCAGGGCACCUGGUGGAGUUGCCCCUGUCUCUGCUCAGGCCUCUUCCCACCUACUUCACCCACCUAAAGCUGCCCAGGUUCAACUCGGGUCAAGAGGCAAGAAGUGAGGUAGCAGCUGUAGAAGUGACAUCUAUGACACAGGAGAGAGCACAGAAUAAAGCCUAGCAAGUGAAACAGGAAAAAAAAAUUCGCCGUUCGACCUUGACAAGCUUAGACCCUCCAUAAAGCCGGAACCAGACACGAAGCAGUCCACGCUCUUGACAGCCUGGCAAAAUGGAGCUCAACGGACUUAGCCGUUGGGUCCCAGGCCCCUGCAGGCACAGGUGCCUGCUCCGGCCGCCAGCUGUGGGCCCUGCCCUUGGAGCGGGUUUCCCCGGCAGAACCCGGGGCCUCAGGGCACAAGCGGACGGGCGCGCCCCAGAGCCAGACCGCAUCCAGCAUCCGAGGCGUGCGGUCGUCCCAUUGGACAGCACAGCCCUGCAGGGCCUCCCUACAGCCAAUCGAAGCCCUAGGGCGGAGCUUUGCUUGCGCUUGGGGCUCCGGCGGAUGCUUCAGUGCUGCGGUGGAGUCCAGCUGUACCGGCUGUCCGCACCGGCCAUGCAGCAGCCUCUGCUAGGAGCCGAGGGUCCGGACUAUGACACCUUUCCCGAGGCGCCCCCAUCGCCGGGAGAGAGGACGCGGGCCGGGGCCUUGCAAAACAGAAGGGUGUUCCUGGCCACCUUUGCUGCUGUACUGGGCAAUUUCAGCUUUGGGUAUGCCCUGGUCUACACAUCCCCUGUCAUCCCUGUGCUGAAGCAAUCUUCUGACCCAGCACUACACCUGAACAAAAUCCAGGCAUCAUGGUUUGGGUCCGUGUUCACCUUGGGUGCUGCAGCCGGGGGCCUCAGUGCUAUGUUACUCAAUGACCUCCUGGGCCGGAAGCUCAGCAUCAUGUUCUCAGCUGUCCCCUCAGCCAUUGGCUAUGCACUCAUGGCCGGUGCCCAUGGCCUCUGGAUGCUCCUGUUGGGGAGGACAUUGACAGGCUUUGCUGGAGGACUCACUGCUGCCUGCAUCCCGGUUGGGGCAUGUACCUUGCAGGUGUACGUGUCUGAGAUUGCACCCCCUGGUGUUCGUGGGGCCCUGGGGGCCACACCGCAGCUCAUGGCCGUGUUUGGAUCCCUGUCUCUCUAUGCCCCAGGUCUUCUGCUGCCUUGGCGAUGGCUUGCUGUGGCCGGGGAGGGGCCUGUGCUCGUCAUGAUCCUGCUGCUUAGCUUCAUGCCCAACUCACCUCGCUUCCUGCUCUCAAAGGGCCGGGAUGAGGAAGCCCUGCAGGCCUUGACCUGGCUGCGAGCUGACUCUGAGGUCCAUUGGGAGUUUGAACAGAUCCAGGACAACGUGCGGAGACAGGUGCAGCAUAGCCGAGUGUCAUGGGCAGAGGCCCGGGACCCCCGUGUGUACCGGCCUAUUCUCAUCGCAGUCCUGAUGCGCUUUCUGCAGCAGCUGACAGGCAUCACACCCAUCCUCGUGUACCUACAGACCAUCUUCGACAGCACGGCCGUGGUGCUGCCCUCCCAGGAGGAUGCAGCCAUAGUUGGUGCUGUGAGGCUCCUGUCUGUGCUGAUUGCUGCUGUCACCAUGGACCUGGCUGGCCGUAAAGUCCUGCUGUAUGUGUCAGCAUCCAUCAUGUUUGUUGCCAACCUGACGCUGGGACUGUAUGCCCAAUUUGGCCCGAAGCCUCUGACCCCCAACAGCACUGUGAGCCUGGAGAUUGUGACCCUGGAGGCCACAGAACAGCCCACAGCCACAGCCUUCAAUUAUCUCACUCUGAUACCCCUGCUGGCCACCAUGCUCUUCAUUAUGGGCUAUGCCAUGGGCUGGGGGCCCAUCACCUGGCUCCUCAUGUCUGAGGUUCUGCCCCUGCGUGCCCGUGGUGUGGCCUCAGGGCUCUGCGUGCUGGUCAGCUGGCUUACAGCCUUCAUCCUCACUAAGUACUUCCUGCUGGCAGUGAAUGCCUUCGGCCUCCAGGUGCCUUUCUUCUUCUUCUCGGCCAUCUGCCUGCUCAGCCUGCUCUUCACAGGCUGCUGUGUGCCUGAGACCAGGGGCCGCUCGCUGGAGCAGAUUGAGGCCUUCUUCCAUACCCAAAGGAUGUCCUUCAGGCCCUAGUCAGGGGCUUGCCUGUAAGGGGCCAAACCACCCGAGCUGCCUAUGCACUGGCCUCAGAUUCACAUCUGCAACAGGAGCAGCAGCGUCCCUGCCAUCAGCCAGAGCACAGGACCAGCCAGAGCACAGGACCAGCCAGAGCACACUUCUGUUCACCAACUGUGGGCUGGUGGGCCCCAGCAGACAACCUGCUAUAAUACCUCAGCUGAGACCCACAGGGGGAAGAGGCAGGCCAGCCCCAGGCUGUGCCCAGGAAAAGGUUGUUGGGACCUCGGGCCUAGUUCUUCCUAUAUGCAGGGCCAUGAUGAAGACAGAAAACAGGAAUGGAGGUGGCAAAGUAAUUCCGUACAGGGACUUUGUCAUAUUCUGUUCUGAUCAAUCGGCUAUAAGGAGGACAGGGUCCUAUGCCCAUAAGGGUCUGGGUACCUUGGGAACACCAGACUUGCAAAGGCCAGAGCACAGGACCCAGGCCAACCUUGGAUACCUCUAGUUUGCAAACUGUUCACUGUUUUUAAAAAUAAAGUAGUGGGGCCUGAAGCCUCAGGGAAGAAA